CCAGACAAUGCAGAUGCAUGUGAGAGUAGCGUUUCACAAAUGCGCAUCCAGGCGAAAGGGGUGCUGAUCUGCUGCCCCGAAAUAUGGGACUCCCCUAAUCUGGACUCUUGGAGCAACAAAGGGAACGAACGAGCUGAGCCCCACCGCCAUGACGCAGUAUCACAGGCUGGCUGCAUCCGAGGUUCCUUUAAUUUACGAGUGACCAGAACUUGAGCUAACUUACUCAUAUAACAACCCCAUCCUUUCUCAGUAUCACACCAGAAACCCCCUCUACUAAGCAGUACGCAAGUAAUCAAAAUGAGCGACCCCAACAAAGGCGCCAAGCUCACCCUCUACUGGCUCGCGCAAUCGCGCGCUCACCGCAUCCUCUGGCUCCUCGAAGCCCUCCACCUAACCUACGACCUGAAAAUCUUCCACCGCGGCCCGGACAAGCUCGCGCCCGCGGAACUGAAAGAGGUUCACCCGCUGGGCAAAUCGCCCGUGCUGACCGUGCAGCCUGCCACUGCCAGCGCCUCGGAGGCCGCAAAGCCCAUCGUGCUGGCCGAAUCAGGGCUGAUUAUCGAGUACCUGCUCGAUCAUUUCGGGGCUAAUGCCGAUGCGCCGCUGGUGCCGGAGCGGUAUGCCGCCGGCACGGGCAGCGAAGGCCAGGUGGGCGGCGAGAGCGAGGCGUGGCUUCGGUAUCGGUACUACAUGCAUUAUGCUGAAGGAUCGUUGAUGCCGUUCUUGGUUAUGCAGUUGGUUAUGGAUUCGGUCAAAAACCCCCCCAUCCCAUUCUUCCUCAAACCCCUCCCCCGUGCCGUGGCAGGCCAGAUCGAAAAGGCCUUCCUGAGCCGCAACAUCGCCGCCCACCUGGAUUUCCUGGAGGAGCAGCUGGCCUCUGCCCCCGGCGGCGGGCCGUACCUGUGUGGCGCGACGCUGACAGCAGCCGAUAUCAUGAUGAGUUUCCCUGUGAUCGCCAUGGCGGGCCGGUUGUCGAUGGACGGGUACCCCAAGCUGAGCGCGUAUGCGGAGCUGUUGCAGCGGGAGGCCGGGUAUGUGGCUGCUUGUCGGAAGGUCGAGGAGGUGGAUGGGAAGUUUGAGGCUUCGUUGUAGUUCUUUUCCCUGGGGUCAGUAUAUUUUAUGCUUGUUGCUGGGUUUUAUGGUUAUGGGUUAUGUAGGUAUGUAGGUAUGUAUGUAGGCU